UCCAGGCUGAAAACUAGGGCAGUGCUCACAGGGUGCGUUCACACACGGGGCCAGGCUGUGGAAGCAGUAGUUGUCUGGGAGCUGGGAUUCAGAGAGACCACCAAGCCUGCCACGAGAGAGCAUCCAAACACUCAGGGGCAAUGGAGGACAAGACGACAAAGGUGCGCAUAGCGUUCUUCAUCAUCCUGGUGGGGAUCGCCACCAUGUUCACAGCCGUGGUGACCGAUCACUGGGCCGUCCUGAGCCCCCGGGUGGAGAGGCUCAACACCACCUGUCAGGCGGCGCAUUUCGGACUCUGGAGACUUUGUUUAAAAAGCAUCUACAUUCAGGAGCCAGACCCCAAGGGAAAGGGCUGUGGACCUAUAAGCCUUCCUGGAGAACAAAACUGCUCCUAUUUCAAGCACUUCACCUCGGGAGAAGAUGCAAAAAUGUUUCAAGUUAAAACCCAAAAAGAGUACAACAUCUCGGCCGCGGCCAUCGCUAUCAUCAGCGUGGGAUUCAUGAUUCUGGGAACCAUCUGCACACUGGUGUCCUUCAAGAAGAGCCUGGACUACCUCCUGAAGCCAGCUGGCAUGUUCUUCACCUUUGCAGGUCUGUGCAUCAUCAUCUCAGUGGAGGUGAUACGUCAGUCUGUGAAGAGGAUGAUCGACAGCGACGAGACCAUCUGGAUCGAGUACUAUUACUCGUGGUCGUUCGCCUGCGCCUGCGCUGCCUUCGUCCUGCUCUUCCUCAGCGGGAUCGCCCUGCUGCUCAUCUCCAUGCCACAGAUGCCCCAGAACCCCUGGGAGACGUGCAUGGACGCUGAGCCCGAGACGCAGGACUAACAGCAGAGCGGGACGAGACAACCUGCAACCAGCUGUGCUUAAAAAGGAGGCAACAAAACACGACGUCUUCCUAAAAUAACAAAAUAAUAAUAAUACAACUUUAACAAUAAAGAAAUAAAAUACAGCAAGCAAACUUCAACACGAGUCGUAACAAAAACAAAAUGUAAACUCAUUUAGUAAAAAAAACAAAGACCAUCAUCUGGCCAUGUGCUCCACUCGGUCAGGGAGGAGUGAAAUCCACACCCAUCUCAUGAGUUUAUGAGUCGGAUGCCCUCAACCCCGCCCCAUUAACAAGCCCAAAUUAAUCAAAAACCUUGUCAAUCAUGUAUGUGCUGUAUGCAUAUACUCAUUUAUUACCCCCCCCCCCCCAUUGGAUAAUGUCCAAGUCCCUGGCUUUUUAAAGUAUUGCAGGAGAUAUAGAUAGAUAGAUAUAGAUAGAUCAUAAGGUUUUAUUAUUAUCAUUACCAUUGAUUCAUGUAUUUUGGGAACGCUGUGGUCCAGGUGCCAGGUUGAAUGUCUUUCUCAGACAGUGAAGGCUUGUAUAGUGUGGAGUGUGUGCUGGGCAGCUUGCAGAGUCUGCAGGUGCAGAUGUUGGCAGACGAUUUGGAUACAAAUCCAUCUCUUUUUAAACCGUCGUUCUCUCUUUGUACAGGACACUAGCGGGCAUACACUUUUGUUUUCUUUUCAAAAGCAUUACUUAAUGUGAAGCCAUUUUCACGCUAUUGAAUUUAGGCUUUCAAUGUGUAAUUUUUUUUUAAAGCACAUUCUUUGUAGCAUAAUGUCACAUGAUAAUAAUAUGCUGUUACGUCCAUCUGGUUUCCCUUUCUUCCACUAUUGAAAGGUAAUUAAGAACUACACUGAACAAGCACAGUGUAUGAUUACGAGCCACGAUAAACACAUGUUCUGUACAGUAGUUACACACUGCUUUGUAAAAACAAGGGCUCAUUGGCAUCUGUGAAUGAGGACAGCCGUUUAACAGUUUCUCUGCUGUUUCCAGUGCCUUGAUUAAAAUGCAUGGCUCAGCGAAGCAGUCUGUGGUUCAACACUGCAGUUCUGUUUCUGUAACCAGAACAGAGUAACACUUUACAAGAAACUACCAAUUACUGUGUAUUUACAUAGUAGUUACAUAGCAAAUACACGUGUACUUACAGUUAGAAUGCGAUUAUGCACAGUUACAAUGUACUUCAUGUAAAUCUUUUUGCACGAUAUAUGCAAGUACACAAACGUUAUCUGAAAAGCCUUAGGCUUGGGGGGGGGGGGGGGUUAGGGUUUUACACAUUAAAAGUAAAUUCUAACUAUGCAUAACAUUCUAACUGUGCAUGUAUUUACAAAGUAUUUACUAUGUAGAUGCACAAUGAUUAGAGACACAAUGUUGUGCUACCAGAAAAGAGUAAGAGUGCAGCAAGCUGAACAACUUAAUGAAUCAAGAGAUACUGUAUAUACCGACAGGUAUACAGAAUAUACUCUGCUUGGUUUGUCAGCUGCAUUUCUGCAAUUGAUUGGCAUGCAAUACUGAACACUGGUCUGAUUAUUCCUUGAGUAAACCGUUAAUCUUUUUUUUCUCCUUGUAAAUGUUGAUACUGUAUGUGUAAUAUAUAUUUAUGUGCUUUAAAACGUCUUUUUAAUGAAAAUAAAUAUAUCUUAGAGUA